ACGAGUGACGAGGCUGGGUCUGGCGCUCGUGCUCCUGUGACCAUCAAAAGUAAACAGUCAUCGUAGUGUCGUGCCGGUGUUUACAGCUACACAAAAGCUACACUUUUGACGAGGAAUAAUGGCGUUGGAAGCAUUACAUGGCGUACGGAGGUACCAUGGAAAGAGUGAAGCCCUGGAAGAUGAGAUGGGCAUUCCUGAAAUAGGGAACUUGACGAAUCAGUAUCAGCUGUGCACACCAUCUCUACCAAAAUCUCAGUGCCAGGUUGGAGAGUUUCUAAUAGAUGAGACUGGUCGUAAAAUCAAGCUCAACUAUGCUCAUGGUACCACUACUCUUGGUUUCAAGUUCGGUGGUGGGGUUGUCAUGGCUGUUGACUCCAGAGCAACUUCUGGACAGUAUAUUGGAUCUGGUAAUGUGAAGAAGAUUAUUGAAAUCAACCCAUAUCUUCUGGGAACAAUGGCAGGUGGUGCUGCUGACUGUACAUAUUGGGAACGUGUUCUUGCCAAACAAUGUCGCAUAUAUGAGCUCAGGAACCGGGAGCGGAUCUCAGUAGCAGCAGCAUCCAAGCUUUUGGCCAAUAUGGUGUAUCAAUACAAGGGAUACGGGCUGUCCAUGGGCGUCAUGAUUGCUGGUUGGGAUAAGAAGGGUCCAGGCCUGUACUAUGUUGAUAAUGAUGGAAACCGCAUGCCAGGCAAUGUCUUCAGUGUUGGCUCUGGCUCCAUUUAUGCUUAUGGUGUAUUGGACUCUGGUUAUCGUUUUGAUAUGACCGAUGCAGAGGCUCAGGAAUUGGGUCGCCGGGCCAUUUACCAUGCCACUCAUCGUGAUGCAUACUCUGGUGGUAUUGUUCGAGUUUACCACAUCAAGGAGGAUGGUUGGACCAAAAUCACAGAAGAGGACAGUAAGGACCUUCAUUAUAAAUAUGCUGAGGAAAAAACAAAGUCUCAAUAAAUAUGUUUGGGACAUAUUUAAAGUUACAUGAUAGCCAAUGAAUAAUUUAAAGACAACAUUAUUUGAUUUAAUAGGCAGUCUGGAGUUCAAAUGGUCAUUAUUUUCUUUGGCAGAGAUGAUAUACAUUUAUCUUCAAUUUUUUUUGGUAUUACUAUAUAUGUACUGUACCUUUUUUGUUUAACAAUUUUUAAUAAAGAUACAAUGUUUGAAA